AAAUAUACGUACUUAACCUAAAAAAUUCGUAAAUUUAAAAAAAUCAUAAAAAAAAAACUACUACUUUCAGCGGUAAAUAAAUAACGUAGGGAGGUCCCCCACCUCCCCCCCUCCCCUCCCCCCUCCCCAAAACCCCUCGGUCGAGGCGACCUUAUUCUAAUUAUUACCCUUCCAACUUUACAAAAAAAUAUUACAACAAAAACAAGAAGAAAUUCCACAAAAAAGUAAAAACCGCGCCAAAACGUGAAAUUUUCCAUAGACUCAUUUGACAUUUGUGGACAUUACGUCCACAGAUUAGAUACUACGUAAAUUGACAUAAAGGCAAAGAAAGAGUGUGCUUAUAUUUUUUGGUUGAGGUUCUGUGGUUUGCGGACGAAAGUUUGAGGAGUUGAGGACUCGAAAUAUACUUUAAAAUAAUGUUUACUAAUUAAACAAUAGAAAAAUAGUAGAUACUGAUUUAUCUUAAUAAUUAAAUUAUAACGUGCAAUUAAAACUAAUGUAAAUAAUGGUUUGUGUAGGCUGCCAUAGUGAGGACCGGAUUUUAACGAUUGUUGACAAUGAGCUUUUAAAAGUUUAUCUUGGAUUUAUUGAUAAUAUUACUGAAUACAGACAUGAUGUCAUACAGCUAUGUUGGGAGUGUAAGGCGUUGUUGAGAAAGUUUCAGAGGUUCAGGGACCAAGUGAGACAUGCCUACUCUAUAGCGGUUACAUGUUUAGUGUCACAGUCAAAAUCUCUGUCAAAUCUCAGGAUAACAGAAUGCAACAGUAUAAUAAAAGUUGAUCAUGAUAGUGAAGUAUUACCAACAACAUUUGUGAAGAUUGAAGUUGAGCCCCAUGCUGACUCCGCAGAUGUGUUCGACGAUUUGGGUGAUGGGGAGUCAGUGGGAGACGGGUUGAAUGAUGAUUUGGAUGAUUUUGUUAAACUAAAUGAUGAUAAGGUAGACAUCAAACCUGAUCCAAUAUUAGAAUCAGAGGCAACAAGCAAAUCUGUGAAACAAAACGAAACAACUGACACAUUCAACGACUCAGACGACGAGCCCCUCAAGUGUGACAGCACUAAACCUAGAGGGAAACGGAAAAGGAAAAUUGACGAUGUUCCGAAGGGCAGACCGGCCAAGCGUCCCGGAGUCGUCAACAACGCCAAGGUGCAGAAUAAGCUGCAGCGGCUCAACGUGGAUGCUGAUCAUCUGGAGAAGGUGGUCUUGAGCUGGGAGGAGUUAGCUGAUAAUGAUGUACUGGUCCAGGUGGAGGAGGAGCGUCGCAAGGCGCUCGCCAGCCCGGCGUUCCUGCGCCACCAGCACCGCUGCUACAGCUGCGUGGUGGGUUUCAACCACCGCUGCAAGCUGGACGACCACAACGCCAAGAAGCACGACCCGUCGCUGGGCACGGUGCAGUGUGGAGUGUGCCACGUGCGCCUCCGCAACGUGUUCGGGCUGCGCGCGCACCAGCGUCGCCACGUCGCCAGUUGUUUGGUUGGUUGUCACAGAUGGCGCUGCCGCGUCUGCGGCGCGGUGUGGUCGCGCGCAGAGGUGGCGGCCGACCACGUAGCGCGCGCGCACGGCGGCAACACGCCCGUCCACACGUGCCACGUGUGCGGCGCGCGCGAGACAGUUAUAGCGCGCCAUUAUCUCGACAGGAGCCUGGGCCGCCUGCGCUACCACGUGAACAGUCACGCCGAGCAGCAGAAGUGCGAGCUGUGCGGGAAGACGUUCAAGAGCAAGGAGUCGCUGAGGACGCACCUCUUCAUCCACAAAGGGGAGAAGGAGCACGCGUGCCCCAGCUGCGGGAAGAAGUUCCUCUUCAAGAAGGCGAUGGAGAUCCACGCCAUCUCACACCUGGACUCCGCCCAACUCUACUGCUACGAGUGCGACAUGAACUUCAAGAACCAGAUGUCGUUCAACCAGCACAUGAAGUACAGCCUCAAGCACGUCGACCCCGCCAAGCUCAAGCACGCGUGCUCGCUGUGCGACAAGCGGUUCGUGAAGGCGGUGCGGCUCGAGGAGCACAAGCUGGCGGUGCACCUGAAGGUGACCCCCAUCAGCUGCGCGGAGCCCGACUGUCAGUUUGCGUGCUCUUCGAAGCCCGUGCUCCGCACGCACGUGCGCAUGACUCACCGCAACGCGCGCGCGCGCCGCGACCACGUGUGCGACGUGUGCGGCAAGGCGUACGCGACUAAGAAGAGUCUAGAAGGUCACCUGCGCACUCACAGCGGCGAGCGGCCCUACCGCUGCGCGGCGUGCCCCGCCGCCUUCGGCUACCACGCCGCGCUCUACAACCACAACAAGCUGGUGCACUUGAAACUGAAGACAGGACGCGGUCGCGGCGCGGAGUGGCCGAGCGCGCGACCGCCCGCGCCUGUGGACAACGCUUCGUGACACCAACACAGCACCAUUUUACAAUAAAUUAUACACGAACAAAAUAUACACGAUUUAUUAACAA